UCUUGGCGCGUUAGAAGAUCAGGAUGGUUGUUGUGACCGAUCCCAACCUGUUGAUGCUGACGAUCGCCUCCUCACUUGUCACAGCCUCCCAAGGCCAGAGUGCCGCUGGAGUCUUCUUGCUCAUGGAAUAUGAAACUUACAGCUUCAACUUCACUGCUGCGUCCACUGCAUGCCACUCACAUCACGGCACCAUGGCGACCGCCGCCAAUGUGGAGGAGGCACUUCGGCAUGGACUGGAGACCUGCAAAUUUGGCUGGGUGGCAGAACAGGUGGCCGUCAUCCCGAGACGCACAGUGAGCAGUAGGUGUGGAAAUGGCAAAACGGGGCUAGUGAAGUGGUAUGCCAGGCUGGACCAGGCUUUUGGGGUCUUCUGCUUCUCUGCCACAGCUGCUCCACAAAUAUCCACCUCGGUCUCCGCAACCUCAACAACUUUGUUCACAACAACGCCCGUCAUACCGCCACACCCUUCCUCAACAGCCAUUUCUUCCUCUUCACCAGCAACAACUACUAAAGUGCCCUUGUCCUGGAUUUCUCAUUUAGCCCAUAUCUCUACUUCCUCUACACCUCUUCCUUACCAUGCCUCAUACUCACCUUCUUCAGCUCAUCCACUUCCUUCUCAUGUCAUCACUUCAUCCUUGUCGUCGAGCACUUCGGCCCAGACUUAUGCUUCUAAUCAGCAGAUGCCCACCAAGCCCCCCCAGAAAGCAUUUUGGGCAGUGCUCAUCAUCCUUGGUGUUGCCUUCCUGAUGGUGACAGUGACCGGAGUCUUGUGUUACUACUACAGACUGGCAGGAUGGGUGCAGGAUUUCAUUCCAACAAAUCGUGACGACAACUUUUCACCAAUUUGGUGUCGAACAAAUGUAAUCAGAUGCUUGCAGUCGGGUGCUGCUUGUUUUAGCAGAAACCUCAUUGGUUAAACUGUCUUUCCUUGAUUGGUUGGAAACAAAAACCAGGACUCACAGCAGCCCUUGACGACCGGUUUGGAGACCCCUGAUUUACGUGUUUCCAAUUUUGCUCGAUUGUUUUAAUAAUUUUUCAUCAAGACAAAAUUUUAAUUUUUAUUGUUUGUCAUUUAAAAAAUUGUGGCUUUUAAUUUUAUAUUGAAAUAUUUUUCUUAACUUAUGUUUAAAUGAAUGAUUUAAUAUAUGUCAUGGACUAUUUUUUUAUUAUUUCAAUCAAAUGAAAUGAUUAUAUAGAUAUUUCCAAAUAUUUACUUGUGCCCCAUAGAGCUGUCCCGAUAUUAUCAGUCGAUAAAAGCAUUUAAAUUAAUACCAGAAAAUAUUAGUAAGUUUUGCGCCAGUAUGUAUCCUAGGAUAUAAAUUAUUGUACAGGCUUGCAGCCUUCGUGCAAGGGCUUGUUACAUCUUUGCACAACAGCUGUGCUUAAGGAGACCUCUCGAUGUCUACAAAUUAAGAUGCUUGGGAUUUGUUACCUUAAGACCCUAAUCAAUCAUGGUGGACAAAUAAAAUGAACAAUAAAUGAAAAAUAAUGAAUUAUAAACUAGACAUGUGCCGAUUACCGGUUUCAAGGUAUACCAAGGUGUGAAAAUUUCAAGGUUUUAAAACAGCAAACAUUUUCCAUCAUACCGUUUCUAAUGUAUUAGCUUUUU